AUGACUUCGGAAGUUUCGCUACUAUCUAUACCCGACGAAGUUCUCAUAGAUGUUAUUAGAUACAUACCAGACGAUGACAUCUUCAAUACUUCUUGCGUAUGCAAGAAGCUCUACAAUAUCAUUAACUCGCCAUUACAAUGGAAAGAAAGAUGUCUCAAGUUCGGCUACUGGGAGCCGAAACACAAGAUAAAAGCCAAAAUCAACAAUCCGUUGCCAUUAGAAGUGGAUUGGAAGUCGUUGUUUGUAUGGAAAUGGCAUGUCAACAGUCAAACGGCCAGGCUGUUGGGUGAAAUCACAUCCUCGUCCGCACAUCGCAUUCCAAAGUUCCACGAGAUUGGAAGCUUUGAUUACGAUGCAAAGGAGUACCUUUUGGAUCAAACAAAGGCUUCGAAAGAUUUAGAAGAUGUACUUGCACGAAGAUGGUAUGCAACAUCAGCGCUUCAGUUUCUACAUAGAAGACGGGCUGUACAAAUUCUACGGAGGAUAGUUGCCGGUGAAGAUGUUUCAAUUGAGGAAGGACUCAGUUAUUUCGAUCUUUUUAAUAUGGAGGCAGACGAGAGUAGUCCAGAGGAGGCUGCUCAGAUCCUCGAUGACCUAGCUGCCCGUUUUAUAUCCCAAACACCAAGUAUGAGCCAGCUGUCAACCAAGGAGAAAGUACUAGUCUUGUGUGAAUUUAUGAAGCAGGAAGGCUUUCGGGCGGCUACUUCUGAGGAGUAUCGCAAAGUCCAGAGUGCCUACAUCGGCAUAUCGUUACGUACGACUCGAGCGUACAUUCCUCUACCAUAUGCCGCCAUCUUUUGCAGCUUGGCGAAACGAAUUGGACUUGACGCUCACAUGUGCGGGUAUCCAUUCCAUGUCCUGGCGAUAGUCAAGGAAGAUAAUGGUGAAAACAUCUACGUUGACCCAUCUUGUAGUAAAGGAGAUGAAAGAAUACGUGAUCUCAAUAAAUUAAAAGAUGACCUUCAGGGGUUGGCCGAAAGUAUAGAAGAUCAUGUCCGCCCAUCGCCUACACAAGAUAUGAUCAUUCGCACAUGCCAGAAUAUUUUUCAGAGCCUACGACAUGGAAUCAAUUAUGUCGUAGCAGUUGAAGGGCGCCGACAUUCGGCGGCACUGUCUCGCUCGGAUAUGUACGCUUCAUUAAUAGCCUCGAUACUAUUAGGACGACAACGCGGGGUUGGUGGUAUUUCUCGUGACCUGCUUACGUUUAUGUCUGAAGAUGUGUAUAUGGAUGUCUGUUUUCUGGAGGAGGAUAUCUUUCGGAUGGCGGGGGCAAAUCUGGCACUCAGAGAAUUAAUAAGUCGAAAGUGUACUUAUCUUCGGGAGCUUGAUUCGGCCGUAAAACCUCCAAGGCGAAGGUCGGAAGAGAAGAAGGCUAUUAAGUAUACUGUGGGAACCGUGUUCACCCACAAACAGUACGGUUACCAUGCUAUAGUCUUUGGCUGGACACCAACAUGUGAGCCCCCCGGUGGGGAGGCAUGGAUUGAACAAAUGAGGGUAGAUGAUCUACAAGGUGGAAGACAUCAACCAUUUUAUCAUUCAUUGGUCCAAGACGAAACAGAACGCUAUGUAGCCGAAGAAAACAUCUUGCAGAUCAAGCCCAGAGCUGAUACGAUUCCAUCAGAUCUCUGCGAGAUUGCGGGAAAGUACUUUAAAAGAUACUCCGAGGAGGAUGGGUUGUUUGUGCCAAUUGAUACGAGCGCAUAUCCUGAGGGCUGA